AUGUUUGACAAGUGGUGCACUUCUUGUACCGGAGAGACUCUGGAAAUAUCUCAAGAGAUGAACUCACAAAAUGAUUUACAGACUGAGGCCGAGACAACCACUACUAUAAUGUUGGAUAAGAGUGAUACCAGUGCUGACAAACGAGACCACAAUAAUAGAUGCAAAUCCAUUAAAAAGAAAUUCAAUCCACACUAUGCCAGGACUGCGGCCUUUAUAGUGACCAGUUCUAUAUACGGACAGCUAUUGGUAGUCAUAUGUCUGGCCUUUUUCACGGCAGAGAUCGUCACACUUAAGAUACCAUUGCAUUACUUUGAGGGCUUUUAUCUUUACCUAUAUUCAGUCAGUUUACUAUUUUUACUAUAUGUAUACAUCUAUCUGCUAAGUGAUGUACCGAAAUAUGAAGCAAAUCGACUCAAGCCUUCAAACGGGAAAAAGACUCAAAAGACCGGAGAAACGGAUAGAUCUCACGCUUCGAUAUUCUUACGAAUCGGUGGUAUUGUCUUUGGACUCGGAGUUAUGGUUUAUAAUGGAUUAGAAUUUGGAGCAUAUUUUGAGAUACCCUAUAAUUCUCCCUGUUAUUCAAUACUAUUGGGCGUGAAUCCAAUACUUCAGGCAGCGUUUACUUUCGCACAAAUGUAUUUCAUAUUUACAUAUUCACGACUAAUGAUUCAUAAAUUCAAACUAAUUGCAAGACUUGGAUUAAUGCAUUUGGUGGCCACUAAUUGUUGUGUUUGGAUUAGGACUCUCGGAAAGGAAACACUCCACGAACUCAAGAACAGUGGUUCGUCGCAUGCAUUUCUUGAAGAGCUUAUUCUUCCGCUUCGCAAUCAAAUCACAAGAAGCAAAUCCCGAUCAAUACAUGAUAAUUACAGCGAAGUCAGCGACUCUAUUGUUAACACAACAACAACUCCAUUAUCGACGACAAUAAAUCGGUCAAAUCCGUGUCAGAAGGAGAACAUAAUGGGAACCAUAUUAUCGGAUGCUUCGCCUUAUUUAUAUCCAUUUAUUGUUGAAUACUCCCUAAUCGGUGCCGCCUUUCUAUAUGUCAUGUGGUCCACAAUAGGUCGCGGAAAACGCAAUAACCUUUGCAAUGGUAAUGACAAUUCUUCGACACCAACUUCACCAAUAAGUAGUCCCGGACUACAAAUCGACAAUUUAAGCACAUCUUCGGGUCAAACGUACAGUACUACAACUCCAGCACUCUAUAGUUGUCUCGGUUCCAGUAAAGGACUUUUUAGUGGAUUCUUGUUUUUGGCCGUUUCUGUCACUGCUCUCAUAAUAUUCUUUGUUUUGGUUCACAAUCCUAACUAUAAACUGAUGGCAACUCUUAUUAGUGAUAUUUCCCAUUCAGCGCUAUUAAUACUCAGUUGUAUCGCUAUUUUAUUGGGAUUUAUUAAAACCAGACGGUUAAAGUUUCAGCCGGCAGACGGAGGACUAAGAGAUCUUUUGUUAAGAGUGGCAGCCUUUGGUCUUUACAUUUAUUCUUUCUUUGGUGUGAUUGCCGGAGCCAUGGAAUUAAAUUCUGUACAACACCUUCUGGUUUUGGCUACCAGUGCUUUGACAAUACUUCAGGUGACACUGCAGUCGUUGUUCAUAUCAGAUGUGGUAUGUCGUAAGCGAAGCUCACAGAAACAACCGGGACGUCAAUUGAUCACAUUUUUACUGAUCAAUAACCUAACCCUUUGGAUAAUCUAUACGUUUGAGAUGCAAAAAGUGGAGGCAUCGCCCCUCCAGCUCAGUGUGUAUGGCUAUACCACUUGGGCUCUCAUUAUACGGAUAACACUUCCGUUAUCCAUAUUCUAUAGAUUUCAUUCGGCCAUCACUUUUGCCGAAGUCUGGAAAAACUCUUACAAAUAUUAA